AUGGGUGAUAAAAUUAGAGAAGAGGGAGUUGUAACCAAGAUUCAAGAGGAUUUAGUUGAAGAAUCAUCAAAUGAAGUACUUCCACAACAACAACAACAGCAACAGCACUCUAUUGUUGUGAACACAUCUUCAUUGAUAUCAACAGAAUCUCUUUAUAUUGCUCCUCCUCCUAAUGUUUUAGUAGUUGGAGGUGGAAGUGGUUCAUCAACAACAUCAUCACAAUUUGAGCACCAUCAAGAUGAAAUAGUAAAUCCAAAAAGACCCAAAUUUGGAGCUGGUCAGUGGAAGAAAAUCAUACCAUCACCACAUCAACAAAGGCAACAGCAACAACACCAUCAAAAAAUGUUUUCAUCACCAAGUCCAAAUGAUCAUCAACAAACCCUAGCUGUUGAAAUACCAACAAGUACACCACAUACUACACAAACUAGUACUUCAUCUACACCACCAACAACAGCAACUUCAUCUCCAAUAUCUCCAUCUCAGGAAACAAACAAACCAUUUCAAAUUAGAAAAGGAAAGUUUGUAAGUCCAGUUUGGAAACCUAAUGAAAUGCUUUGGCUAGCUAAAGCUUGGAGAGCUCAAUAUCAGUAUCAAGAUAAUGAUAAUAAUCAAGAUGACAUUGUUUCUAUCUCUACUUCUUCUAAUACCACCACCACUGGUAGAGGUAAAACUAGAUCAGAAAAAGAUAGAGAAGUAGCUGAGUUUUUGAACAGAAAUGGUGUUAAUAGAGAUGCAAAAACUUCAGGUACUAAAUGGGAUAAUAUGUUGGGUGAGUUUAGAAAAGUAUAUGAAUGGGAAAAAACUAGUAAUGAGAAAGAAAUUAAUGUUGGAAAUACUAAGAGUUAUUUCAGAUUAUCACCUUAUGAAAGAAAGCUUCAUAAAUUACCCGCUUCAUUUGAUGAAGAUGUUUUUAAUGAACUUUCUCAGUUUAUGGGGAUUAGGGUUAGAAAUACUUCUUCUACUACUUCAUCUCCUCAUCAAAACAGAUCAUUAGUUUCUAAUAUAAAUAAUCCAAUAUCAUCUCUUCCUGAAACAACAGCAGGAUUUCCUUCAUUGCCUCAACCGCCAUUACCUCAUUCAUUCAAAGAAGAACAUUCUGCAGAUGGGACUAUUUGUGCUGAAAUUUCAGGGAGACUAAACAAGCAAAGCAUGGAGAGUAGAGGUAAUGAAGUGAUUACCUAUGGAGGUCCAUCAUCGUCGACUUCGACGUCUAGAGAAUUUCGUCGGAUCGGAAGAAUAAGAAUGACAUGGGAAGAAUCACAACAAAGAGGAGGAGGAGGAGUAACUGCUGGAAGAGUUAAGCUACAAGGAUUAGGUUUCUUGAAUGCAAAUGAACUAACAUUUUUUGAUGAGACCAUGGCUGGUUGCACCAUGGAAGCUUAUCAAGAUGGACCCUUGAAAGGUUUCUCAAUUGAUAGAUUUAUUUGUGGUCAACAAGUCAAAGUCUUUGGUAGAAGAAGUAAUUCUUCCUCUAAUCCUUCUUCUGGUUUGUCUGAUAGAUUUCAGCUUGGAGUGACUGAAACAUCCAAUAUCAGAUCAAUUCCGCCAUGGGAAUACCAGGAUCCAAGUGAGUACUACAUCGGCUGUUUAAAGGUCCCACCGACAAGCCUACCAAGUUUAUUUGAACUCUCAUGGCAUUUGCAAGAACCACCAUCAGAGGAGUUACGUUUCCCUUUGCGUAAAGAUGUAUACCGGGACUUACCUCAAGGCAAAGAGUUAUUCUUCACAACAACAGCAGAACUGUUAGAUUGUAGAGCUAUUACAUUCGAUAUUCUCAGCCCGAUAGUCCGAUCAAACCUAAGUAUAAGCAUUUCUACUGCAACAAGUAGAGACUCGUUCAUCUCCUUAUGGGACGAUUGCAUUAAUCGAGUUGUCUCAAGAUUCUGCUCGCAAGAAAUGGUUGUUGUUCGGAAACCAUGCUUUAGUUCUUCCUCAUCGAAUGAAUGUUUGCAGGAUCAGUGGCCAAAUGUAACAGGUUUUAUCCGAAAUCUUUGUCUAUGGAGAGGAGAAGAAAUCGAUAAACUUCGUGAAGGUAACUUGCAUCCAUCUUCUUCAAUAAUAGAGAAAAUACUAUGGACUUAUACAGACCUUCCAUACAUAUUAGGAUAUUAUGCAAUUGGAUAUUCAAUAACCUUUUGUGCAUUAAGUCGAUCACAAGACCGUGUUAUCCGAACAGAUCUCUACUCAGUAGACCUCUCAACACCAGCUGAUAGACUAAAAUCACUAAUCCCAUGUUGGAGAAUUGCUGGCUUACUUACAUUGUUAGCGGAACAUUGCUUCAACAGUGAGAACAUCGGUAGAGGUCUACCUUACAGCGACUUCGAACAGCAAGAUAUAGGAGGAGGGAACUUGAUUGAAAUGACACCCAACACUGUCAAACGUUCGUUUUCAAGUCGAAGAAAGUUCACUGCAGUCAAAGAAAUCUACGACUUCCUCAACCGAAGAAUCCCACACGCAGAAUACAUUUUUACGUCGUCAGAGAAAGAUUUGGCGAUAACAUUUAAACCAAGAGGAUGCAAAUCAAAGCCCAUAAAUAUAGAACAACUUGUUGAAUCACUGAAGUUUGUAACAAAAGCUUUAGUAGCAUUACAUGAUUUAUCAUUCAUGCAUAGAGAUUUAAGUUGGGAAAAAGUGAUGAAAAGAUCAGAUGGGGAGAAUGAAUGGUUUGUGUCAGGGUUUGAAGAAGCUGUUGGUGCACCACAAAUAUAUCCAAGUGGAGGAGUAAUGGUAGGAGCAAGACAUGCACCAGAGAUGGGCAGAGGUUUGCAUGGAGUGAAAGUUGAUGUUUGGGGUGUUGGAAUGUUGGUUAAGACAAGUGGGUUAGGUGUUCCAUUGUUGUUGAGGGAGUUGCAGAAUAGAUGUCUGGAUCAAAACCCUGAACUGCGCCCUACUGCUGCUGAUUGUUACCAUCAUUUGUUGCAACUGCAAUCUUCUCUUUGUGUUGCACCAGGAGGUUUCUGA